AUGUGAGGGAACGACGACUGCAGCAGAGAGCAAGCAAGACGUAUCCGCCGCUGCAGUAUGGCGCUUCAAGCCAAAAGGAAGCGAAUAAGUCACUCUAAUUCACAAGCUAGAGCUUCCACUAGCCAAGCGGACCCCUUUUCCGAUGGCGAUGGUGUCCGUGAGAGAUUUGUGGAAGGGUCUAUACGUCGAAUAAAAAUGCAAAACUUUCUCACGUAUGACCUGGCAGAGGUUUACCCAGGGCCCAACCUCAACAUGAUUGUUGGUGCUAACGGAACGGGCAAAUCCAGCAUCGUUUGCGCCAUCUGCCUUGGUCUGGCUGGAAAAACCGCUAUCCUGGGCCGAGGAGACAAGGUUGGCCUGUAUGUGAAGAGAGGUUGCUCGAGGGGCAUGGUAGAGAUAGAGCUGUAUAGGACUGCUGGUAACCUGGUCAUCCAGAGAGAUAUAAAUGUGGACAGUAACCAGUCAGUGUGGCAGCUAAACGGUCGCCCUUCCAACCAGAAGCAGGUGGAGGAGGAGGUGAGGGCUCUACGGAUUCAGGUGGGCAACCUGUGCCAGUUCCUGCCUCAGGAAAAGGUGGGUGAGUUUGCUAAAAUGAGUAAGCCGGAGCUGCUGGAGGCAACAGAGAAGUCAGUGGGUCCUCCAGAGAUGUACAACUUCCACUGUGAGCUGAAGAGCUUCCGCAACAAGGAGAGGGAUCUGGAGAAUGUUUGUAAGGAGAAGGCGAGCUUCCUGAAGAAGGCCAUGCAGAGGAAUGAGCGGAACAAGCAUGACGUGGAGCGCUACCAGAAGAAGAAGAGACACCUGGAGCUCAUCCAGCUGCUGGAAAAGAAGAAGCCCUGGGUGGAGUACGAGGAGGCUCGUAAGGAGCUGGAGCAGGUGAAGAAAGAGCGGGAGGAGGUGCGCAAGAGCCUAAAGGAGCUGAAGGAGCAGCGAGCACCUAUGCUCAGAAAGAUCCAGAGCAUCGACAACCGCCUGCAGCCUACCCACGACCAGAUCAAAGAGAUGACUGCAAACAUCCGAGAGGCAACUCAGAAAUGCAAACAGAAGCAGGACCAGCUGGAUAAUAAGAACAAACAGAUCGAGGACAUUAAGCAGUCCCUGAGCCUGAAGCAGGCGGAGGAGGCUGAUCGUCAGAAGCGCAUGGCGAACACGCGCCACCUUAUCGCCGACCUGCAGGCCCAGCUGGAGCGCUGCGGUGACCAUGACGACCUGGGGCCACGCCUGGACGAGCUGCAUGGCCAGCUGAGGUCCAAUCAGGAGGAGCGGGGCAAAGUCGAGUCGGAGCGUGCAGAUCUGCGCAGGCAGAGGGACCGAGACAUGGCUGAACUCAGACUACUGCAGAACCGUAUGCGCAGUCUUGAGGACAUGCUGAAUCGUAAGGAGGAGAAACUUCGCAGCCGCUUUACAGAUACCCAUAAGGCUUUGCUGUGGCUGAGGCAGAACAAACAGCUCUUCAAAGGGAAUGCAUACGAGCCUAUGAUGCUGGAGAUCCGAGUCCGUGAUGCUCGUCAUUCUAAGUACAUUGAGAGCCACAUUCCGGUGAAUGACCUGCGAGCCUUCGUCUUCCAGAAGCAGGAGGACAUGGAGAGAUUCAUGGUGGAGGUUAAAAUAAGCGGUCAUUCCCACACACACACACACACAUACACAAAUCCAUACACACAGUCUACUGCUUUGAACCUUACUAUGUGUGCGUGUUCUCAGGUGCGUGAUUCUCAGAACCUGCGUGUAAAUGCAGUCAUCGCACCUCCGGACUCUCAUGCUUCAAAACCUGCCAGCAGACCUCUGGACUCCCUCAAGCGCUUUGGCUUCUUCUCCUACCUGCGGGAGCUGUUUGAUGCACCAGAUGAGAUCAUGAGCUACCUGUGCUACCAGUAUCGCGUCAACGAAGUUCCUGUCGGAACAGAGCAGACCAAGAACAUGAUUGAAACGGUGAUCAGGGAGUCCCAGCUGAGGAUGAUCUACACUGCAGAUGAGAAGUACACGGUGAAGAAGUCGUCGUACUCCAGUAAGACCAUCUCCAGCAACUCCGCCCUCCGACCGCCACAGUUCCUUACAGUCACCAUCGACGCCGAGGAGAAACGCCAGCUGGAGGAGCAGCUCAGGGUUGUGGAGGCGCGCGUGAAGGACAUCGACGCUCAGAUGGCCGCUCUACAGGAGCGGCAGGUGCGGCUGGAUCAGCGGGACAACGAGCUCAGAGCUCAGAAGAAAGAGCUAUCUGACCUUAAGGGCAAGAGGAGGCAGCUUGAACAGAAGAUCAGCACCAAGCAGGACAGCCUAAAGCAGAUGGAGCAGAGUGCAGUGGACCUGCAGAGGGUGGAGCAGGACAGCCAGCAGAAGGUCUGUGCCGUCCACACCCAGAAGGUCGCCAUCGCCGCCGAGUUUGUUCAACACAUGAAGCGGCGUGCGACCCUGAGCAGAGAGAAGGUGUGUUUGUCUCUGGAGACGGUGGCUCUGACUGCAGAGAAAAACCAACUGGAGACGGACUGCAGAGAGGGAUCAACAGAGCUCCGAGCGUUGGAGCAAAGAUGUGCUGAUCUGGACCGACGGAAGGCGUCUCUGUUGAGCACAUGUAAGAGCCUGAUGCAGCGCGCCAGUGAGAAAUGCAACAUGAGGCCGGGAGAGGUGGCUGUACCCCCAGAACUACACGACGUGUUCAGUAUGCUGCCGAACACCCUGGAGGACAUUGAGGCGAUGUUGAAUGAGGAAAGAACCCGUGCUGAGCUCUUCACCGGCAUCAGUGAAACGGUUGUGGAGGAAUACAAUCGGAGGGAGCAGGAGAUAAAAAAUCUGGAGAAGGAACUGGAGGAGAAGAAGAACGCUCUGGACACCUACAGGCAGAACAUCUCUGAGGUGAAGGAGAGGUGGUUGAACCCCCUCAGGCAGCUGGUGGAGCGCAUUAAUGAGAAGUUCAGUGAGUUCUUCAGGUCCAUGCAGUGUGCUGGAGAAGUGGACCUGCACUCUGAGAAUGAGGAGGAGUAUGAUAAGUAUGGGAUCCGUAUCCGGGUGAAAUUCCGGAACAGCACCCAGCUGCAUGAGCUGACGCCCCAUCACCAGAGCGGGGGUGAGAGGAGUGUGUCCACCAUGCUCUACCUGAUGGCCCUGCAGGAACUCAACCUGUGUCCCUUCAGGGUGGUGGACGAGAUCAACCAGGGCAUGGACCCGGUGAACGAGAGGAGAGUGUUUGACAUUGUGGUCAGGACGGCAUGCAAGGGGACCACCUCACAGUACUUCUUCAUUACACCAAAGCUCCUCCAGAAUCUGCAGUACGCCGAUGAGAUGAUGGUCCUGUGUGUGCAUAACGGAACUCACAUGCUGCCGCCCAGUGACUGGAGCAGCCAGGCCUUCCUCCGCCGACGUGCCCGCCAGAAGCCCAGUCACCAUGGAAACUGAGGGUCGGCCCGCUGCAGCUGGACCUGGGUCGGUUCUGACUCAAGUCCUGUUCUGUUCCAAAGUGUUUACUCUGCUCAUCAGAAAGUGCCUUAAUGCACCUGCUACAGUCCCUGUUCCUAUUUCUGUGUUUUGUUUGUGUGUGUGUGUGUGAGAGGAUGGGCUUUCACUUGAAGCUGUUAAGACUGAGACAGUUUGUCUAGCUGUUCCGAAUCAUUUGUGUCUAGAAAUCAAAAUAAAAUGUUAGUUUUGAAAUGA